CACACUGCUUCCAGCCAAUCUGGUUUCUGCUGCUGCUUUGAUUCUUCAUCACAACAAGAUGAAAUUUGUUCUUUUCACUUUGUUCCUUUGUGGAUUCGUCCUUAAAGUAAAUGGAAAAAGUUCGUCAGGAGCAUCCCUCCCAGAGGAAAAAUCCCUCGUGGCAUGUGAGGGAGCAGUGGCUCGACUCCACUGUGCAGAAGGUCAGGCUAUCUAUGUGACCAGUGCUUCAUACGGACGCACUAAUAAGAAGACGUGCAGCGCUGGGAGACCUGCCGACCAGCUAGAGAACACUGAAUGCUACACAUACAGAGAGGAAGUUGGUGAGAGAUGCAACGGGAAACAGUGGUGUAAAGUCAGAGCCAGUAACUAUGUGUUUGGAAAUCCCUGCUAUGGGACCUACAAGUACCUGGAGGUGGAAUAUAUUUGUUACGAGGUUCCCCAGUCGUGCCCAGAAUAGAAGCAGACGUCUCCUUCUUCAUCAGGAUGCUGAUGAAGGCUCUGAUGCUGCUGCCCCAACAGACUGAGAGAAGAUCUGCAGCAUCUUGCUGCAAACCUGGAAGGAUGUUAGCUUCCUCAAGAAUCUAGCAGAAAAUAACCUGGAUUACAAUUAAACACGAUAAAUAAAGUAAUAACACAGAUUAUA